CUUUCUCUCUCCCCCCGUCUGUACAUGUGCACCGGACACACAGCUCUCUCCUGAGCGGACACUGCGGGGGAAAGGAACGAACGAGCCCACCAUGGAAUAGGAAUACUGCUGGACAAAACGGGGGAAAAACCUCUCUCUCAUCUUUCUUCUUUUUUUCCCCUUUUUCUGACGCCCUUUUAUCUCUCUCUCGCACCUCUCCCCCCCUCUCUAUAUCUCCCUCUCUAUUUCUCGAUGUCUCUCAACAGUUUCUAAAGGAAUUGAAGGAAAGAAAAAUGAGGAUUAUUAUUUUGUCUUGGCACUUUCUCGGGGUGUAUUCCGCCCUUUGGGGGCUGGUGACGGGGGCUUUCCCCAGCUCAGUGCAGAUAGGUGGGUUGUUCAUUAGGAAUACUGAUCAGGAGUAUACAGGGUUUCGACUAGCUAUCUUCCUUCACAACACCAGCCCCAAUGCUACGGAAGCUCCCUUUAACCUGGUCCCACAUGUCGACAACAUAGAGACCGCCAACAGCUUCGCCGUCACCAAUGCAUUCUGUUCUCAGUAUUCGAGGGGGGUCUUUGCGAUCUUCGGCCUUUACGACAAGCGCUCGGUGAACACGCUGACGUCGUUCUGCGGGGCCCUGCACAUCAGCCUAGUGACGCCCAGCUUCCCCACCGAAGGAGAGGCCCAGUUCACCCUGCAGCUCCGGCCGUCCAUCAGAGGUGCUUUGCUGUCUCUGCUGGACCACUACGACUGGAGUCGAUUUGUCUUCCUCUACGACACAGACAGAGGUUAUGCAAUCCUGCAGGCAAUUAUGGAGAGAGCGGGGCAGAACGGAUGGCAGGUGAGUGCUAUCUGUGUGGAGAGCUUCAAUGAGGCAGCGUACCGCCGACUCUUAGAGGACCUGGACCGACGUCAGGAGAGAAAGUAUGUUAUUGACCUGGAGCCUGAGAGACUACAGAGCAUCCUAGAACAGGCUGUCAGCGUGGGGAAACAUGUAAAAGGCUACCAUUACAUCGUAGCAAACCUGGGAUUUAAGGACAUAUCUCUGGAGAGGUUCAUGCAUGGCGGGGCCAACGUGACUGGUUUCCAGCUGGUGGACUUCAGCAGGCCUAUCGUUAUUAAACUGAUGCAGCGCUGGAACAAACUGGAUCAGAGAGAGUACCCUGGAUCUGAAAGCCCACCUAAGUAUACCUCAUCUCUGACAUAUGAUGGUGUCCUUGUGAUGGCCGAGGCCUUCCGCACCCUUCGGCGUCAGAAAAUUGAUAUCAGUCGCCGUGGCAACGCUGGUGACUGCCUGGCUAAUCCAGCUGCUCCAUGGAACCAAGGAAUAGAUAUGGAGCGCGCUCUCAAACAGGUGCGCAUCCAGGGCCUGACUGGGAACAUUCAGUUUGAUCACUAUGGUCGGAGGGUCAACUUCACCAUGGACGUGUUUGAACUGAAGAGCAACGGACCACGCAAGAUUGGCUACUGGAACGACAUAGACAAACUUGUGUUGGUCCAGAAUGAAAAUGCUCUGUCCAAUGACAGCACGUCGAUGGAGAACCGAACAGUAGUCGUGACAACCAUCAUGGAGGGUCCCUAUGUGAUGCUGAAGAAGAACUGGGAACUCUAUGAAGGCAACGACCAGUUUGAAGGAUACUGUGUGGACUUGGCCUCGGAGAUCGCCAAACACAUUGGAAUCAAAUACAAGAUCUCCAUCGUACCGGAUGGGAAGUAUGGAGCCAGAGAUCCAGAGACGAAGAUAUGGAACGGCAUGGUGGGAGAGCUUGUGUAUGGGAAAGCAGAAAUUGCCGUGGCCCCGCUCACCAUCACUUUGGUGAGAGAAGAGGUGAUCGACUUCUCAAAGCCCUUUAUGUCUCUGGGAAUCUCCAUCAUGAUCAAGAAGCCCCAGAAGUCUAAACCAGGUGUUUUCUCUUUCCUGGACCCGCUGGCCUACGAGAUCUGGAUGUGCAUAGUGUUCGCUUACAUUGGAGUCAGUGUUGUGCUGUUUUUGGUGAGUCGCUUCAGCCCGUAUGAGUGGCAUGCAGAGGAGCCAGAGGAGGGCACAACAGAGCUGGGCCCCACCGACCAACCUCCCAAUGAGUUUGGCAUCUUCAACUCCCUCUGGUUCUCACUGGGAGCCUUCAUGCAACAAGGCUGCGACAUCUCACCACGGUCUCUGUCUGGCCGUAUUGUCGGAGGUGUUUGGUGGUUCUUCACCCUCAUCAUCAUCUCCUCUUACACCGCCAACCUGGCUGCUUUCCUCACUGUGGAGAGGAUGGUCUCACCCAUAGAGAGCGCAGAGGACUUGGCUAAACAGACAGAGAUAGCCUACGGGACACUGGACUCAGGCUCUACUAAGGAGUUCUUCAGGAGGUCAAAAAUAGCCGUAUACGAGAAGAUGUGGUCGUAUAUGAAGUCUGCCGAACCGACGGUCUUCACCAAAACCACAGCAGAGGGCGUGGCGAGGGUCCGCAAGUCCAAGGGGAAGUACGCUUUCCUCCUGGAGUCCACCAUGAACGAAUACACGGAGCAGCGCAAGCCUUGCGACACCAUGAAAGUCGGGGGGAACCUGGACUCCAAAGGAUAUGGGAUUGCUACACCGAAAGGCUCACAGUUAAGAAACGCGGUCAACCUGGCCGUGCUAAAGCUCAACGAGCAGGGCCUGUUGGACAAAUUGAAAAACAAGUGGUGGUAUGACAAAGGAGAAUGUGGCAGCGGGGGAGGGGAUUCCAAGGACAAAUCGUCCCAGGCUCUGAGCCUGUCCAACGUGGCGGGGGUCUUCUACAUCCUUGUGGGCGGCCUGGGCCUGGCCAUGCUGGUGGCCCUGGUCGAGUUCUGCUACAAGUCACGGGCCGAAGCCAAACGCAUGAAGCUGUCUUUUUCCGAAGCCAUGCGGAACAAGGCCCGUCUGUCCAUCACAGGAAGUGUGGGGGAGAAUGGCCGCGUCCUGACGCCAGACUGCCCCAAAGCCGUGCAUGCUGGCCACGCCUCCCUCCGACACCCCGGCCUUGCAGUGGUCUCCUCCGGACUGCCCUGAAAACCAAAAACACCUGCCGUGCCUUAACGACACACAAACAUACAGACUUCAACAAGGACACACCCACACACACACACGGCCACAUGCAAUCACACACUUACAGACAAAAACAUGCAUAUAAUUACAGAUACUCAAAUACAAAUACAUUUCUACACACUUGAAUACACAGACUGCGCAUCGUCAUCUCACUUUCCUGCUGCCAUUGACUUAUUUUACAAGAGAUAAGUGAAAUUCAAAUGUGAAGCGAACAGUGGAGGAAAAAAAAACAAAGGACAACUUUGACUUUCACACUUGCCUGCAGCAUUAAUUUUAUCGUUUUCUGGGAGGAUACCAUCCUGAUAUCGACAAACCGACAGGAAAGCCAGCACAGACUUACGUGAAAUGAACUAUGAGCUUUGAACAUGACCGCAAAAGUGAUCAUGAUGAUGAUAGUGAUAAAUAUGAUGAUCGCAGCUGACUGUAAAAAAAAAAAAGACAACCAAACAACUAUGUUCCUGCUCUGUCUUCGUUGGACAGUGUUGGCCAAUGAGCCGCAACCCUCGACAACGCCUUACUAAGACUACAAACAUUGUUUUCAUCAUCAUCAUCAUCAUCAUGGUCAUCGUCCUCUUAACUUGCCUGCAAAGAGUGCCAGGUAUUAUCACCAUUAGAAGACCAGAAAACUGUAAGCUUGAACGUUCGGACCGUGCAAACCUUCUACUUUGCCGUGGACUGUUCAGACUGAAUGAAAAUGCUUUCUUACUACGCAUAUAGAAUCGUUUCUCGCUCCCCCAAAAACCAGCGAGAUAAUCAACCAAUACAGAACAGAAGUAACCUCGAAACACACGUGUGGCUGAUCUCGACCACAGAAUUCACAGGGGUUUGUAAAGAAAAGAACAGUAGUAGUUAAUGAAGUCCUUCAUCAACAGCAUCAUCAUGACAGCAGAAAAUCGAUCAUUACUUUUUGCCGAGUGGCAAAGGUGAGGUUUAAACUGUAUAUUCAGUGAUGGAAAGAAAAAAUAAAACACAUGGGCGGAUCUCAAACGGCUUCCUAACCAAGUGCUUCUCAACCUGAAUGCUGGGGUCUUAUAGAACAAUGAAUGAUGGAGGACAUGGGCAAAAAUAUUGUGUUUGAAAAUUAGGGAUUACAACUUUUAAUUAUGGAAAACUAAUUCUGCCUCCUUGUUAAUUAAUCCAAAUAGCCGGGCAAUUGAAAAGGCAAAUCAAAGUUCAUCAUUCUUUGCAUGUUUCCCCACAGUGGGGUGACAUGGAGUAGUAAACCAUUUGUUUUAAGUGCCGUAAUAAGGUUGAGAACCACUGGUCUAUGCUGUAUGCGCUUCAUUUGACUUGAACUAUAGGUAUAAUUUUCAAUUUCUCUCAAAUGAAUGCCUCUAAUGGGCAGUUUGGUUGUCAUUUGAGAUUCUCAGUCUUUUCCACUGGCCGGGGAAAGGUACCAUAUCAGAAAGCUUGCUUUUGAAAACUGUUGUAAAUAACUGCGUAGCAAAACAGAACUCACCUGUCUUUUUUAAUCAUAUUAGAUAACAAUUCAUUGCAAUAAUGAAUAUAAAAGAAAUUGCCACUACUUGUAAUUAAGAUCAAAUCUUUUUUAUAAAUCUACAUAUUAUAUAUAAUACAAAUAAAUAUAUAUCUAUACGUCUAUAGAGAGCUAUAGAAAACAUUGAUCACAGAUUGUCAGAGGCCAUGGCAUACAUUCUGUUAUAUGGCUGUUUUUUUGAUAACUUGAGAAUAUUAUUAUGCCACAGUCUUUGUGUGUCCUGCUCAACACUGAAUGUCCAUCUGGCACUCACACGGACACACACGUAGAAACGCACGCACACACAUUGUUGCAUACACAGGGUCAGCUCAGCGUGAUCACUCCAGCACCGUCAGAGGUUCGCACCACUUUAUUUUUGCCUGUCUGUCUGUUUCACCAAUAGUUAUUCACUGUUUAUUAUUAUCUAACAGUGUUUCCCCCCCCCCCCCCCCAAAAACGUUCUGUUGGUGGGCUGCAAAGGCCCCUGAAACAGCAUGUAGAUGCCAGUGUUCAGCACUGGAGCUGAUACACAUUUAGGCAGGCCUCUAGAGAGGAUGAGCCACUGCGAUGACUGAACUGUAGGGAAACAAUGCUGUCUGACAUUUGGAGAGUGUAGCAUUUGUGUUGCCUUUCAUAUCGCCUCGGUGCGUUUUGUUAUUUCUCUUCUCACCAGAUGCGAGUCAGCCUCGGAUUGAAAUCCAACAUGAGUUCAAACUGAGCAGGAUUUGCACUUUUUGGGGACAUGUUUGGGUCCAUCAUGCUUAGCAACAGCAAUCAUUCCUUCAAAAUGUUUAAACUCUGGUAUAUAUCGUAUGGCAAAUUUGGCACACCCACUUACUGAAAAUAACAUUUUGUUGUGAAAUUACAUCAUUUAUUUUGUUAUUCUACUGUUUAUCCUUUACCCUACCUAUCCACCCCUCAAAUCGUACUUGUUCCUUCUCUUGUUUUGUCUUUCCCUUCCACCCUUUUCUGCUUUCAUCUCCAGAACUCUCUGUACAAAGUGCAUCUAAGCAAUGACUUUAUUUUCUGCCCUGAGACACUGCUAAAUAAUGGUAUCGAGAACUCGAGACACCAACUGGCAAUCUGGGUUUCUCCUGGCUCUUUGUUCUGAACAUUGCAUAAGUUGUAACCUUUCACACGAAAGAAACACAGGAAAACUUCCACUUCUUUGUUGAACUCACACGCGUACCUCAUCACACAUCAAGUCCAGCAUCAAAUGUAAUCAAGUCAAACUCAUCAGACACAAGAAUAAAUAGAAAAUAAUAUCUUAAAACCACAAGUAUUUUAAACAAUAACCUCUUUCUGACAGAAAGGAAUAAGGUAGAGAGUUUCCGAUCGCCUCCUCUCAGCCCAGGGGAUCAGUGCAGCAGCACUGCAGCAAUCCAGCACGAGAGGAAUAGUGGAAAUAGUUUCAACAGUGGAUACAUUUGUGAGGAGACAGUUAACACUGAUCUAGUAAUCACCACACCAGGCAGACUGUACAUGAUACUGUUGUGUUUAUUUCUUUGCCACCUCCAGCACAUAAGAUUUCAUGCGUAGACAGCAAAAAGCAGACUGCUGGGCUGUCAACACUCUGGCUUUAACACUGUUUCUUUCUUUCUUUCUUUCUUUCUUUCUUUCUUGUCUUUCCAUUUGGUUUCUUUUUCUAGUAAAACAUCAAUGCUGAA